AUGUCCGCAUCGCAGUGUGAACUAUACCCAUAUGUACCUAGCCUUCCGCUAGCGGUCGUCGCUAUCAUCCUUUAUUCUAUGCUGGUCGGGAUUCAUACAUUCCGUAUGAUCCAGGCAAAGACAUGGACCAGUACAUUUUUCUGUCUCGGGGGCUGGGUAGCACAACUAUCUGGCUACUCAGUUGGCAUAUUUUCGACAUGUAAUCGAGCUGCCUUUACAACUCAAUCGGUGCUAUUGCUCCUGGGUCCAACCCUCAUUAUGUUUUCUGUCAAUUUGACCCAAAUAGACUUUGCCCGGGUGCUUGAUGCAAAGGAUUUCUGUUGGGUUCCAAUUCCAUGGCAACCAGCGCUUUAUUUGGGCUUGAACGUGGCCUUGAUGAUAGUCCAACUAGUGGGAGGCGUGAUAUCCACCGCAUCUUCUUCCAUCGAGACCAUCGAAAUUGGGACCAAAAUCACUAUUGCUAUUUACGUGAUACAACUAUUUUUCUGGUUAUUCACGUUUGCGGAAAACACAUACAUGGCAAUCAAGCUGCGCAGCCAGCCAACAGAGGCCUGCAAUACCAAACUUUCACACUGGAAAGGCUGGAAUCAGCUUUUCGGCUUAUCCGUGUCUAUUAUUGCGGCUGGUCGUAAUGUGAUGCGCUUGACUAUGGCGGGAGGGGUUGCAUUUCUGGUUGAGACUGAGUGGCCGUCAUAUGCAUUUGACGGCUAUCAAAUGGUGGUGGUUUUGAGUGCUUGGGCCAUAUGGUACCUACCAGAAAAACUUCGCAAGGUCGGUUCCAGAGUGAGUUACAUGAGCUUGACGGAGCUAGAAAGAACGGAAGAGAGAUCCGUAUCACCUUGA